UUGGUCACAUGACAUAAAAUGGCAGAUAGCGAAGAGAGCAGUCCACCCUCUUCACCUGAUAUUCGAGAUGACGAGCCAGGAAGACCUCGAGAGGUCACGGUUACUAAAUCAGAGACAGGUUUUGGCUUCAAUGUGAGAGGCCAAGUGAGUGAGGGAGGUGUACUGAAGUCAAUCAAUGGGGUGUUAUAUGCUCCUUUACAACAUGUAAGUGCAGUGCUUGAUGGAGGAGCAGCACAGAGGGCAGGGAUAAGAAAAGGGGACAGGAUACUGGAGGUAAACCAUGUCAAUGUUGAGGGGGCAACACACAAACAAGUGGUGGAUCUAAUAAAAAGUGGAGGUGACUCUCUCGUUUUAACAGUGAUCUCGGUGCCAGAGCAGGUUGCUGAGAGGUUGGAGCCCAGUGAUGAUUCCUCUGGACCCUCAUAUAUAGACUACUCUGAGCGACGCUCCCUCCCAAUAUCUAUCCCUGACUACCAGACGGUAGAGCAGGGCGGAGAAAAGUUUGUGGUUUUCAACAUAUAUAUGGCUGGAAGACAUCUUUGCUCUCGGAGAUACAGAGAGUUUGACACACUGCAUUCUCGAUUAAAAAGAGAAUUUCCUGACUUCAAUUUUCCCAAAAUGCCUGGAAAAAAAUUAUUUACCCUGUCAGAACAGCAGUUGGAUGCUAGGAGGAGAGGCUUAGAGCAAUACUUAGAAAAAGUGUGUGCUGUAAGGGUAAUUGGUGAAUGUGAAUAUAUGCAGGAAUUUUUGGCUGCUCCAGAAGUUGAUCAAGAAAACAAUCACACAAAUUCAGAGGUAGAACUGAAAGUGCUGCUUCCAGAUCGCAACCUGUGUGUUGUGAAGGUCAACCGUAAUGACACAGCUGAUGAAGUUUAUAAGGCUGUGGUGUCCAGGCUACACUUAUCAGAGCCUGCUGCUCACUGCUUUUAUUUAUUUGAAACUGUGGAAUACAAUUUUGACAGGAAACUACAAAAUACAGAAUUCCCUCACAAUAUUUACAUACAGAACUACAGUACUGCCACCUCAACAUGUAUCACACUACGGCGAUGGCUGUUUUCUCCAGCCCUGGAGGCCAUGCUCAACUCAGAUCAACAAGCAGUCAAUUUCCUCUUCUGGGAGGCUGUUGACUGUGUAAAUAAAGGACAAAUCAAAACAGAGGAUAAACUGUAUGAACUUAAAGCACUGCAGGAAUCCAACAAAAGCAUUGAGUACCUGAAGGUGGCUCGACAGCUUGAGGGUUAUGGGGAGGUGGUGUUCCCACACUGUGCGUGUGACUCACGGAAAGAUGGUCAUGUGAUUGCUGUCAUAGGAUUUGAGUGCUUCAAACUCCAUGCCUGUAAAAAUGAUGGCACCCCAGAGUCUCAAGUGAUAGAAUUUCAGUGGAAGGAUGUGAAGACGUUUGAUGUUGAAGAAGAGGGAAUGUCCUUCUCUUUUGAGUAUGCUCGUCCUGGAAAGAAGCCUCGUAAUGUGCAGAUAUUAACACCAUAUUAUGAGUACAUGAAGGAAUGUUUCGAUCGGAUAUUUGAGGAAAGAGAGCAGGAAUAUGCGUGAUGAUUUUCAAAAUAAACAAGAAAACUCCCUGAGGCCAAAAAUCAGCUGAAAUAACUGUGUUCUUGGAUAUUGCAAAAUCACUUUGUUGCUGAAGAAACAGCAGGAAGUCUGGUGUGCUAUCCCUCCACGUUAUAGUACUUGUGUUUAGAUAGUGGAGGACUUCUCUUGCAAUAUGCCUGUUGCGGGUCAACUAUCAUGUGAUGUCAAUCUUGGUGUUUAUCAAAUUCAAAAUCUUGUUGAUCAUUUUUAGGCUUCUUGUUGAUCUAUAUUGUUAUUUAUUUCAAUUUUAUAACUGUUUAGUUUUGUAUUUAGCUCGUAACAGUUCUUUGGAUUUGAAAGAUAUUUUGCCAUUGUGAAAACAAGUUUGAAUAAUUGAUGUUUUGUGUUUGUACAGAUUUGAUGGGUAUAGUGCUAACAUCAUGCUGUAGAUUUAGAUGUGAAAAUCCACAGGAAUAUCUAGUCAAGUAUGGGUUGAUUUCUCUAAAUGUAAACCCUGAUGUAAACAUUUGUAUAAUAUGAAAUAAUGGUAUAUAUAAAAUUAUGAUGAAAAAGAACUUUAGGGUGACACAUAUAUUAAAUACACUUGUUACUUUUGUUGUCCAAUAAGGGUAUUAUCUGCUGAAAUCCAUCUUCUCCCCAAAUAAUAAAAAAUGGCCAUAUGGCCAAAGACAAAAUCUGAUGAUCAAAGGUCGAAGCUGUCGUCAAACAUUAUACAUUUUAACUAUUUCCAUUUGAAUCUUAACUUUAUUAAUUCAUUUCUCAAAGCUAGAGCAAGGAGACAGUAAAUUUUGUAGUAAAAGAGACAAAGAAUGAUAUUUGUAGACUUUAGCUGAUCUGAAUGAUGCAGGCAAGAUAUAUGACUGUUCUAUGUAGAUUUCUUGUCAUAUGAUACAAAGCCAAAUUCAUUUUUUUCCUCCAUAAAAUUGACAAACUUAUGUAAACAGUCUUCAUUUCGAUUUUUUAUAAUUAAGGUUUUUGGAUAGAUUGUUUUCUUGCCUUUGUGUACAAAUCAAAGUAUAUUUUAAAGUAGUUUACAGUAAUCAAAAUUUAAAAGCAGUCGGUACAUAUGAAGUGUAUAUUCUAUAUAUAAUAUUGUAGUAUACAGAAAGACUGACAUAUAAAUGGAACUUUUUUGUUAAAGUAGAUUUAUGUAAUAAUAAGAUUGUAAAUUUUUAAGAAUUGUAUGGUUUAUAGAGAAUAAGUGAUCUAUUAUAAGCCACCAUCAUAAAUCUCUCACCCCCCCCCCCCCCCCCAUGAAUGGUAAACUAUUUAUAUUGUGGUAUUUGUUAUGCCAAGUACUACAGAUUUAUUGCUGUUCCCCCAGAUCAUGCAUGAACAAAUUUAUAUGGGUAGAAUGCAUCACUGUUUUCUGAUUUCUGACUAGUAAACAUAAUUUGAAAAUAUAUUUCAUAAUUCAAAAUUAAAUUUGGUUGAAUCUGCAGAUUUCAACAGAGACUUCUGUACAUAUAUUCAAAAUUUCAAUUGCUUUUUUGGUAUUUCCUUAUUUUUUAAAUAUUGUUACAUUUAUGUGACAUUGAUGCAAGUAUUUGGGGGAAACUUAACAAAAAGUUUAUUCAUUGUGAUUCAUUAUGUAGAAAAUUACAUAUUCGACAUAAGUUAUUUGUGAUUACAGAUAUUUUGAAUAGAGAUCAUUAAUUUUAUUUCAUAUUCAUAGAAUAGACACUUUUUCAUAAAGAAAAAAAAAACGAAAGACAAAAGUGAGGAAUUUUAUUUCGUUGUUAAAUGCAUUUAAAUGUUAUAUGUGUAUUCAUAUGUACUCGUUUUGUGUAAACAAUUUUGACCAUUUUCUGUUCAUUUGAUAAUGCAUAACACAUUAUAUCUCUUAAGUUCAAACAUGUACAUACAUCAUCUUUAGACUUGACUAUAGGUUGAAUUUUGUAAGGAAAAUCAGGGGUUCAAAGAGUUGAAAUAUGUGAAUAUAUGAAUUAAUUUAUAUAUUGUUUGAUUCAUAAAAUGAGAAUUAGAUGAAUUUAAGUACUAGAAGACAACGGCACUUAUUCUAGAAUCCAUAGGUUUAGUUAGAGGUUCCCAGUCAAAGAAAUAUAGUUUCAUUUGUGUGAUUAUUGUCUAACAUUAUAUGAACAUGUAGUUGUAUGUAUGAAACUGGGAGGUUAAAUAUUGUAUAUAAUAUAUACUGGUCUUCUUUGAGGUCGUACUUGAAGAAACUAAGAACUGUAAUUUUGAAAAUAAGAAGUUUCUAUGAAAUAUGUUAGCCUUCAUACUUCCCUUGGCCAUAAUAACAGUUUGCAAUAUUGAACAAAGGAAUUUCUUUUUCCUGUAUACAGAUUUGUGUUUUUUGUGAUUUAUGUGAAGAACAGUGGGUACAAAAACUUGUUGUGAAGCAUUUAAAUUUCACACCUUCAUUUAGUGAACAAUGCACACUUAUUUGUCACGAGUAUUUGGUGAGUUGUUUUACAACUCAGAAAUCUAAAUCCUGGAACGUUUAUUGUUUAUGUUAAAUAUUAUAAUAUAUAUCAAUGACUGUUUUCAGUGAAAUAAAAGUUAUGAUUAUA